GGCCAUAUUCGUUAUUCAGAUCCCAGCAUACAACGCGUCUUGGUUUACGCGGUGUCAACGUAUCGGCCGAAUUUGUUUAAAACUGAAGCUUACGUUUAAAAAAGUGACGGGCAAUCUCAAAGACUCGCAAAAAUGUCGUACAAAGGACCGCCAAAAGUGCAGAAGGUUAUGGUGCAGCCGAUAAACCUGAUAUUUCGAUAUCUGCAGAAUCGCUCCCGAGUACAAGUCUGGCUCUUUGAAAACAUCAACCUGAGGAUCGAGGGUCACAUUGUCGGCUUUGACGAGUACAUGAAUCUCGUCCUUGACGAUGCCGAGGAGUAUCACGUCAAAACGAAGAACAGAAAACAGCUGGGUAGGAUAAUGCUGAAGGGGGACAACAUCACCCUUAUACAGAAUACGAACCCCGGUGCGAACUAGAACGGGAAGAGAGAGCGGCAACAUAACCUAUCCUAACCUAAAAAAUUAGAAACCGGCGCGCGCGGCGCGCAUCGUUGGAAGUUCGGAGACAAGAACGACGGGAAAGAAGAGCGGCGAAGAGCGAAAUUUACUCAGGGUCGAAACCGUCGACGAAGAAAGAACGCGACCACUUGUAAUUUAAAUAGUUUUAAAGCUUAGGAUUAGGGCACAGUGUUUAAUUGAAUUUGUAUUAUUUCAUUCCGAUUCAGAACGAGUCGACUCAUCUAGCAUAUUAACUUACUAUGUACUCAUCGAAAUAAUCAAAUUGUAAUAUGCAUAUUUGCAAAAGUUUCAAAUCAACUAUAUGAUAUCUCUCUCUCGCUGUGAUCAAAUUCUCAUCGCCUCGACUCGUUGUGUUCAAUAAAAACAGUACAAAUUUCA